AUGCCUCUCGAGACCUUCCCUGACCCGCCAAGGGCUAGCUUCCUUGGUCUCCCCUUGGAAAUGCGCCAGCUAAUCUACCUACAAUACUUCACCGCCGAAGGUGGAUACAUCUACGACGCCGAAUCCGACAAGUUAGUGCAGGCCAACGGCUUUCCAAUUGACUUAUCACUGCGACAUGUUUGUCGCACGAUUGCACUCGAGACAUACCAUUACCCGUUCACUCUCAACAAUAUCACCUUCUCAACAGCCUACAAGCGAGAAUGGAGAAAGCAGGCCGCGGCGGUUGACUUUAUAUCAACAUAUCACCAUUAUCUUCAGCUUGCGAUGCUCAUUCGACUGAGACAUUGUUUGACUCCCGACAUGUACGAGCAACCGAUUAAGCAAUACUCCAAAUACAUGCCGCUCGUUAUAAAUGACAUAGCCGAUAUCAUCGCCCGGGAGCGCCGCUAUCCAAAGUUCAAUGCUGAGUUACUCGAAACGGUUCACAUACGUGAGUUCAUGGAGCACCCCGGAAGUGGCUCAAAGGCAGGCAACCCCAUAGCCAUAUCCAUAUACGACAACAACGUCUCACGCAACCGCACAUAUACCUACCUCUUGCGAAAGAUUGCACACCAGUACCCCGAGAAGUUCAAAGAAGCGGUCGAUAACUUCUUACCGGGUUGGAUGGAAUGUAAAUCGCGCCGUGCCUCAGAUUUCUUCGGUCUUGGUUUCGACCUUUGGGCCAUACCCUGUUUAUCCCAAGUUACGGAUAUGGUGGAACAGCUACAGUUGACAGAACGAUGGAACCGACUAGAUCAGUGGCGCUACAGUGACGUCGGCAAAGAAGGUUAUACUGGUACAAGGUACUGCUACCAGCGCAAGCAUUUCUUUUCAGCUGCCGCUCUGGCCAUCAGGUUCCUCGAGAAUAUCUCGCAGACCCAGCGCCUGCUUAUCACUAAGCUUAUUCUUAACGAGGAUCGGAUGGCAGUUGGACACCCUGAGUGUCACAUCAUUGGCUUAAUACCAUUUUUCGAGGAAAACCCAAACCUGUUUAUCGAGCAUAAAAUCAACCUGUGGCGAAAUAUCCUCCCCAGAAAUGCUGCCAAGGUAGAUGUCAGUAGUUUUCCCACCGAAAAUGAAUCUAUUGAGGAAGUUCCUGAGGGCAUGCCCUCUCCACAUCAGGUAUAUUCUAAGUUUGCCGGCAAGGAGAUUUCCCACUUCAUUUUGCACACCAUGGAAGCAUUAAGAGAAGGAAUACCAGCUACUUCGUAUUCAUUUAUUAUUGACGGAAAACCCGACCUGAAUCAUUCCACGGAAACCUUCAAAUAUCUCAUGGAGCUCCCAAUAGCCUGGAUCACGACACACACCGAUUGCGUGGCGGAAGGUCUUCUUGCAUCACCAGCAAGCAGUGAAUACCCAUUCAUGACAACCUCUUCAACUAGUGAACACACUUCUGUUCAAGGAAGAAGUUCCAUCAUCCAAUGCAAUUUCACUUUGGACCAACCUUGGGAUUAUAAACACAUCGCAGGGGAUAAUAACCAGAACAUUGAUCGCUGGAAGACACUAGACAAAAUCCAUCAAUUUGCUAAUGAAGGCAAUGGAGAGUUUUCUGAUAAGCUCGAUGUCUCGAAAGGUGCAGUGGAUUGGAUGCAGAUCAAAGGAGAGUAUUUUGAGAUGCGACUGUUGUCUGAUAUCCCAAGCGAAGAAACUAAGGCACUUGGCUCGGGUGAAUCUUUAUCAGAAUAA